UGAAACCAAACAAGCUACAAUGGCUGUGUAGCCACCUGGGUCAUACAACGAGAGUGCGCUUGGACCACUACAGGCAAAUGUCUGGCUUCAUUGAAAGAGUCAAAAUUGCUGAUGCAAGACAUGGACCUUACAGAAAAGUUUGUAGGAAAGAGUCUUGAUGAAAUUGGGAGCAUUCCUUUUGAAGACAUUUUAACAUCUGGUCCAGAGACAUGUGGUAAUGAAAAUAGAGCAGAAAGUCAAGCAGAAGUCGAUGCUGAGCACACAAGUCUUGAAUGUCAAGCAGAAGUCGAUGCUGAGCACACAAGUCUUGAUGCCCCAGAUGGAUAUGGAAGCAUGGACGAAGAUGACCACACUAUAUCAAAUGGGGAUGAAGAGGAAUUUGAGGGAAAGAGAAAAAGGAAGCCCCCCAAAAAGGCUGCAAACGUCAGAAAUUCACAGAGGUAGAAAUGGAGGAAAUAAAAACUUACUUUAGUGAAUAUCUAAAAAGUGGAAUUUGUCCGCGGAAACAGCAGGUUGAAGAUGCCAAACAGAAAAGUCGUAAGAAAACUGGGCAAAUAUGGAAAAGGUCAAACGACAAGAUAAUUAAGAAAAUUAGUGCAAUGAAUCAUAAGAAAAAAUAAAAACAUGUUUACUACCGGUACUCGGAUGGAACAUAAUAAGAAUACCUUCGAGGGACAUUGAAAAGUUCAUGCAACAGUGACUUGGCAAAUAUGGGUGAUGUUUGUAUGCAAGUGGUGAUUUUUGUGUGUGCAUUUUAUUUGUUGAAUUGAAACUUUACUAUAUAUAUGUCUAAAGGUGGAAAAGAAUCUGGUAUAUUAUCAAACGUUAAAAAUGCUAAUACAAAAGCUUAGAUACAAUAUUUUCCUUUUUGCUUCAUGGAUGCUUUUGGA